UCAUGAAAAGUACUGAGAAAUUCUGAUGUUUCAUUAUUUUUUUUCUUUUUACUCCUAGUUUGAUUGUUGAAAAAAUAUAUUGAGGAUUGCUUAGUAAUUCCCACAGCAAAGCACGGGGAAUCACCUAGUAGUAGAAGAAGCAAUGUACAGAUCGAACAACCAUUUAGUUUGUUUUGGCCCAGGUGUGUUCUUUUUCCAAUUUAGACACGCUAGACCAAAGUGUUCGUUUGAGAGUAGUCCUACAUGAAGAGUCUAGAUAGGUUUGGGCCAGCUUAUAUACCCAGUUCACUCCAACCAUAAUACCUCUAGUUUAACCUGUUUACACGAGUAGAGAACAAAAGUGUAAGUGGGGUGCUACGUGAGCGUGGGCCUGCUCAACGCGUAGAGCUAGGCUACUAAAGGUUUGGAGGUUGGGGUGUUACAGAAAUAGAAGAGCAGCAACAUACACACGAAAACAACAGCCAGGGGUAGCUGUGAUGGAUGAUGUCAGCCGAAGGUGGCUGUGGUACAUGCGCAGUAGCAACUGCUAGGACAUGGGUGGUGUAUCUAUGUUUCCUAACUAGACGAACUAUAUGCAACAAUAUUUCCAAGCUCAACACUCUUCUAUUUUUCUUUCAGAAUAGUUGAACACAUGACCUUCCUUAGGCUUUCCAUGGGGCCACAUGCACAUGGACCAAUGCAUUGAUGUGUUUAUGCUCUUGUACUAUCAGAAACCUACUAGUAUCCACGAUCUGCAUUGUACCCAACGCUAAUCAGCAUAUGUGUGAAUAUAUAUAUGUACUUGCACCUUUAUUACUGUAUUUUCAUAUAAAAGGAUAACAUGCAUGGAGGUGUCAUGGUUGAAUCGCAUGGGUCAUAUAGUGAAGUAAACCGAUCUAAGUUAUGCAUGGAAGACAAGAAUUAUAAUCCAAGUUCUAGCCAUAUCAUAAUGCACAUGGUCAACACAUGCCAACUAUUACCUGUUGGAGGUUCUUUUUUUUACGGGAAACCAUCUUGACAAUUGAAAUACUCAUUGUUCUCGGUACUUUCCACUUAUAUUAUCUUAUAAUUAGGUAUUAAAUAUGAUAUGUUGCUGGAUAGAAAAUCCAAAUUCUUAUGCAUUCAGGCAACAUCUUCCAAGGAUUCACGAUUUCUUAUGGCUAGCAGAAGAUGGAAUGAAGUCAAAGGUAUAUGGUGGUUGCCAGUGCUGGGAAACUGCACUUAUAGUCCAGGCCUAUUGCUCGUCAGGCCUUACCAAAGAGUUUGCCGCAACUCUUAGAAAAGCUCAUGAUUUUAUAAAGAAUUCACAGGUCACUAAGAAUUGUCCAAGUUACAGCAGUUUUUACCGUGAAAGAUCAAAAGGUUCAUGGACCUUAACAAAUGGAGAAAAUGGCUGGCCUAUUGCAGAUACUACUGCAGAGUGCCUUAAGGCGAUAUUGUUGUUGUCAAAGAUUCCUUCAAACCAAGUAGGAGAUUCUAUAAAAGAAGAAAGGUUGUUUGAUGCCGUUGACUGCCUACUUUCAUUUGUGUUUAUCAACCCUUCUGAGAGUUUCCGGAACAUCAUUGUUGAUUACCCGUAUGUGGAGUGCACGUCAUCUCUUAUUCAAGCCUUGAUAUUGUUUAAUGGGAUUUAUCCUAGUUAUCGCCAUGAAGAAAUAGAAAAAAUUAUCAAAAGUGGUGCAUUGUUUAUUGAGAAACAACAGCGAAAGGAUGGUUCUUGGUACGGAUCUUGGGCUAUAUGCUUUACAUAUGCUACUUUCUUCGCUAUAAAAGGACUAGUUGCGGCAGGAAGAACAUAUCAGAACAGUUCUUCUAUCAGAAAGGCGUGUAACUUUUUGCUGUCAAAACAACUUACUACAGGUGGAUGGGGAGAGAACUAUAUUUGUUGUCAAGUUGAGAAGUAUGUCGACAGUGGAAGGCCUCAUGCAGUGAACACUGCGUGGGCAAUGUUGGGUCUGAUAUAUGCUGGACAUGUUGAAAUAGAUCCAAUACCGCUACACCGUGCUGCAAUGGAAUUAAUCAACAUGCAACUGGAUACAGGAGAAUUUCCACAACAAGAAAUAGUCGGGAGCUUCAAUUCCUCCUUGUUCUUCAAUUACCCAAACUACAGGAACUUGUUUCCAAUAUGGGCUCUUGGAGAGUUUCGCCACCGACUUCUAGCUAAAAAGGGUUAA